UGAGUUCUUGCAGUUGUGUUUUCAUGCAUGAUUUUCUACUUUUUAAUUUGUAUAUUACUGUCCGUUAAGAAUGAGGUUUUAAUUUGUUCUGUAAUGUCAGUUUAAAAUUCAAAGUAACGCUUUGGGGUGACUUUGCUAGCUCGGUUAGUGAAAGUUUAAGCCAGAUCUUGAGAAACCUGUGAUAGGCGUGCUCACGAGUGCGAAAUUGUCAACUUUUAGGGAGGAACAUCAAAUUGGAGCCUUGCCGUCGACAAAGAUUUACUUUAACCUCCCAAUUGAUUCAGUUGCUGAAUAUCGUGAAAGAUUGCGGGAAGAAGGUUAUAAACCAGGAAAAGUAUAUGCUGAUUCCACAUCUAAUGCUUCCACAAGGAUUGUUAUUGAGAAGACGUCCUUCAAGCAGAUGAUUGAAGAUCCCGGAAAUUUUCGGUACAAGAGGACUGUAAUGAUCAAGUUUGUCAUUACCAAAGUUGAGGAAGAGGAUAACUGGUGGUUCAAUAGCUGUGUUUCCUGCCAGGCUGAGGUUGAAAAAAUAGACAAAAAAUUCAAGUGUCACGAGUGUAACCGCAGUUUUGGAUACUGUGAGAAAAGGUUUCGCAUUUUUGUUCUGGCUGACGACAGCACGUUACUGACAAAUGUAAUUCUUCUUGACCGAGUUGUUAAGCGUUUGGCUGGCACUACUGUAGCUAAUCUCCUAACUCAGAUUAAACAGGAUAACUCUGUCACUGUUGCAUCUGCUAUCUUUGGUAGCAUUAUCGGAAAAGAGGUCAUUGUUCUGCUGCAGUUAACAGAUGCUAAUGUGGCCGGAGAUAGUAAUCUCUACAAUGUAGUAGAUUUGUGUGAUUCUGCAAUGUACGAAGGUGCAAUGGUUUUGGCAUCACCAACUCAGGCUACCAGUUCAUUUUCUAUGGAGGGUGACUCUGUUGUUCCUGGCAUUGAGCUUUUUGAAACUCCAGGUUCAUCUCAUUCAGCCACAAAGAAAAUCAAAGUGGAGGAUACCCCAGCAUGAUGCUACAAGCGGCUUGAUUAUGCACCCCUGUGCUGCGGCCUGUGCUCUUUUUCUGCAAUUACUAGACGUUUUCAAUUUGUUUCAAGAAGUUUUUUUUGUUCUCCACUGUGAUUGGAGUGUUUCCCUAAGUUGUUCUGUUUUAUUCCAGUUUCAGGACAAGGUCUUAUGUCUUAGUUUUUGUUGAAUUGUUUUCCAGAUGUAUUGGAUCCAAAUGCUUUCAGUCUAUCGUUGUUUAUGCAAAACUAUCUCAUAAUUUGCACUUG